AUGGCUGCCAAUCAAAACGUGACCAAGAAGAAGAAGGCCGUGAUCGGCGGAAUCUUCAAGGCCGAGCUUAACAACUUCCUGAUGAAGGAGCUCGCUGAGGACGGAUACUCCGGAGUUGAGGUAAAUCUUUUUAAAUGUUCGACUCCAAUAUCAAGUGAAUUUUAUAGGUCCGCAGCACUCCAGCCAGAGCUGAGGUCAUCAUCAUGGCCACCCGCACCCAAAACGUUUUGGGAGAGCGAGGACGCAGAAUCAAGGAGCUCACCUCGGUUGUCCAGAAGAGAUUCGGAUUCGAGGAGGGAUCUGUCGAGGUAUUUAAAAAAUUUUACCAGCAUUUUCAUUUCAAUAUUCAAAUUAUUUCCAGCUCUUCGCCGAGAAGGUCUCCAACAGAGGACUCUGCGCUGUUGCCCAGUGCGAGUCUCUCAGAUACAAGCUCGUCGGAGGACUCGCCGUCCGCCGUGCCUGCUACGGAGUUCUCCGCUUCAUCAUGGAGUCUGGAGCUCAGGGAGUCGAGGUAAGCAACUUUCUUAUUAUUUUGAGUUGUAAUUUGUAUAUUUCCAGGUCAUCGUCUCCGGAAAGCUUCGCGGACAGCGUGCCAAGGCCAUGAAGUUCGUCGACGGACUCAUGAUCCACUCCGGACACCCAGUCAACGACUACAUCCAACAGGCCGUUAGACACGUCCAGCUCCGCCAGGGUAUAAAAAAUUUGACCACUAGACAAUAGCAUAAAUAAUUUUUUGCAGGAGUCAUCGGAAUCAAGGUCAAGAUCAUGCUCCCAUACGACCCCCGCGGACAGAACGGACCAAGAAACGCGCUUCCGGACCACGUCCAGAUCGUCGAGCCACAGGACGAGGUUCUGCCGAAGGAGCCGCACAGCCAGCACAAAGAGGAGAAGAAGGAUGUCCAGAUCCCGCCAGCGCAACCAGUUGCUCCGGUCCAAUAA